GGAGAAAAUGCCUCUGGAAAGGGGUAAGGGCCAGGACAGGAAUUGGGCAGGAGGUGCAGGGAUCCUGCUGGUCACUGGGAGCAGGGGGUGGCUGAAGGCAGUGAGUGGGCAGGCUCAUGCCUCCCCUGGCCUCCCAGCUCUGCAGGGCAGCGUUCCUGGUUCCCAUCUUGCUGCUGCUGCAGGUGAAGCCUCUGAACGGGAGCCCAGGCCCCAAAGAUGGGAGCCAGACAGAGAAAACGCCCUCUGCAGACCAGAAUCAAGAACAGUUCGAAGAGCACUUUGUGGCCUCCUCAGUGGGUGAGAUGUGGCAGGUGGUGGACAUGGCCCAGCAAGAAGAAGACAAGUCGUCCAAGACGUCAGCUAUUCACAAGCACUCUUUCCACCUCGGCUUCUGCAUUAGUCUGGCCAGUGUCAUGGUUUUCUUAGGAGGGCCAUUGAGGCCGACCUUCCUAAAUAUCCAUCUCUGCUUCAUGCUCACUCACUGACCCUCCCUCCCUCAUGGGCUCCAGGUCACAACUCCCAAAGGAGAUGCAGGCAUGGCUCUCUGCCUCUGAUUACCAUCUCUGUACCUCAGGGUUCAGCAUCAGAGUUACCGGUUGCCAUCAGUGCUGGCUGACUGCCUCUCCGGGUUCGGAGUUUCACCUCCCAGGGCCAGAGACAGCAGACUCACAUCCUUCUUUCCCACACCUCUCCUGGUUUUGUUCAGGACAGCAGAUUAGAGGCAGGAGGCAAUGACAAUAAAAUAACGGUAAAAUUCUGAGAACAA